AUGCCCCCAAAGGUUAGUGGAAAAGCAGCGAAAAGGGCUGGCAAAGCUCAAAAGAACAUUGUCAAAGGAGACAAGAAGAAGAAGCGCAAGAGGAAGGAAAGCUACGCCAUUUACAUCUACAAAGUUUUGAAGCAGGUCCAUCCCGACACUGGCAUCUCCUCCAAAGCCAUGACGAUCAUGAACAGCUUUGUCAACGACAUUUUCGAGCGCAUCGCCGGAGAGUCUUCCCGUUUGGCUCACUACAACAAGAGAUCUACCAUCACGAGUCGCGAAAUUCAAACGGCUGUCCGUUUACUGUUACCGGGAGAAUUGGCCAAGCACGCUGUGUCUGAAGGCACAAAAGCUGUGACCAAGUACACUAGUACCAAGUAGAUCUUUUCACUUGGUAAUUCUGAGACUAAACGGCCCUUUUCAGGGCCACCAACAUAUUUGAGAACUAGAACA